AUGGCAGACCCGGAGUUGGACGAAAUCAGAAAACAGAGAUUGGCUCAAAUGCAAUCUCAGUACAAGGGUGAUGGAAAUCAAAAUGCUCAGGAACAAAAAGAAGAACAAGCCAGGGCACAAGAAGAUGCCAAAAACUCCAUUUUAAUACAAAUUAUGGAUCAAGCAGCAAGAGCUAGAUUGAAUACCCUUAUGUUAACAAAGCCAGAAAAGGGAAAAAUGGUUGAAAACAUGUUGGUAAGAAUGGCACAGUCUGGGCAGAUCUGUACAAAAAUAGGUGAAACCGAAUUAAUUGGAUUAUUGGAAAACGUUAACUCUCAACUGUCCCAAAACAAGCCUUCAGUUAAGUUUGACAGAAGAAGGGCUGCAUUAGAUUCAGAUGAUGAGUUGGAUUUUUAA